CAUGCUCCUACGCAUAUCCAAUUGGCACAUCCAAUUGAAUGAUCCCGAACAAAUGUCAUGUACUCGGAUAAUAAACUCGGAUUUCAAAUACAUCUCUUGUAGAAGAAAGUAACACCAACACCGUAUGAUGGUUGUGAUUCAAGUUCAGCUUCGACCACACCCAUCCAGCUCCAACCUCAAUGGCAAUGGCUUUUCUCUACACCCUUCUGUUUACAAUAAUAUCCAGAGAUCAAGGAAGCUAUCUCUGCAACUAAGAGCGGCCUCUUCAAGAACUCAGAGGAUAAUGGAGAGCAUUUCAGUAGGUGGGGAAGUUGGAGGAGCUGGUGGGGCAUACUCUUAUGAUGCUUUGAAGAGAUUGGAUAGUUUGUGGUCUACUAUAUGCUCUGCUGAAACAGCAGCUAUUCAAGAACCCAAAAAAAUUGUGACAAAUACACUUGGUUUGUUUGAUAAUGACAUGAAGGAAGUGGAUAAAUUUGAUGUGUUGGUUUGUGGAGGUACUUUAGGGAUCUUUAUUGCCACUGCAUUAAGUUUGAAAGGCCUCCGUGUAGGAGUUGUGGAAAGAAACUUACUAAAAGGGAGGGAACAAGAGUGGAAUAUAUCAAAGAAAGAGCUCUUGGAACUUGUUGAAGUUGGCAUCUUAACAGAAGAUGACAUUGAAGAGGCCACAACUUCAGUUUUUAAUCCCAACAGAUGUGGAUUUGAGAGGAAGGGGGAGAUAUGGGUUGAAAACAUUCUUAAUCUUGGUGUUUCGCCUGCAAAACUUAUAGAUAUUAUGAGGGAGCGAUUUGAUUCACUUGGUGGAGUAGUCUUUGAGGGCUGCAGUGUGUCUAGCAUAAAUGUUUAUCAAGAUACAGCAGUAUUAGAACUAAUGGAGGGAAAGAUUUUGUCAGCUAGUCUCAUAAUUGAUGCAAUGGGAAAUUUUUCGCCUGUGCUAAAACAGAUUAGAGGUGGCAGGAAGCCGGAUGGUGUUUGCCUUGUUGUUGGUUCUUGUUGUCGUGGUUUCAAGGAAAAUUCUAGAAGCGAUGUCAUUUAUAGUAGUGCAGAAGCAAAGCCAGUUGGAAACUCUCAAGCACAAUACUUUUGGGAGGCAUUCCCUGCUGGUUCUGGACCGUUGGAUCGAACUACUUACAUGUUCACUUACAUUGAUCCACAACCUGCUAGCCCUAAACUUGAAGAUUUACUAGAAGAUUAUUGGGAUUUAAUGCCAAAAUAUCAGGAAGUCUCGUUGGACGAUCUAGAGAUUCUCAGGGUUAUAUAUGGAAUUUUCCCAACUUAUCGUGACAGUCCACUGCCAGCAGCUUUCAAUCGUGUUCUACAGUUUGGUGAUGCAAGUGGAAUACAGUCUCCAGUUUCCUUUGGUGGUUUCGGGAGUUUGACUAGACACCUUGGAAGAAUAUCAAAUGGAAUACACGAAGCUAUCAGUUCCAAUCUCCUGGAUUCUGACAAUCUAUCGUUAUUAAAUCCAUACAUGCCAAACUUAAGUGCAUCUUGGUUAUUCCAAAGAGCCAUGUCAGCAAGAAAACAAGCCGGGGUCCCACCAGAUUUCAUCAACGACCUUCUCCAUGCCAAUUUCAUCAGCAUGCAGAGACUAGGGGAACCAGUGUUAAGACCGUUUCUUCAAGAUGUUAUACAAUUUGGUCCUCUCGUGAAGACACUAGGCCUAGUUAUGCUAACUAAACCUCAAAUCCUUCCUUCAAUAUUUAAACAGGUUGGGUUACCUGUACUCAUAGACUGGCUAGGACAUUUUUCGCUUUUGGGUUGUUAUACAUUUCUUUCCAUAUUCAUUGACCCAUUAUUAAGGUCUGUGAUUGAUACGUUUUCAACUGAGAUGAAGUACAAAUGGAAUAGGAAACUUGAGGCAUGGAAAUAUGGAGCUGGUUUAGACUACAAAUUUGAAAGUGAAGAAGCAACCAAGAGUACAUAGAACCAAAGGCAAUAGUAUCAAAUUUGUGGUAUUUAAAGUGUAAAACAUGAG